CAGAAUGAAUGCAAAGUCCAGUGCUAAAAUACACCACUGGGUACUGGACAUGGGAGGGCCAAGCUGUGGUUCUGUCAUGGACUCUAUGGAAGACUUCUUGCCAGCCCGCCAUCUUCCCAUUUGGAAUGUGGAAAAUGGGGGUACCUUCCAUAUGGCAACUGGACCCAACCCACAGGGAGGUGUUUUGCUUUCCUGGGGUCCAGGUAAGGGACAUCAAAAAGAAUUGCAUGGUAUCAACUGGUACAGCCCACUGAUUAUACUCUCUACUGGUGUUCCAGGCAGGCAGCAACAAGGUCCCAGCAAGACUGAGGUCAGAGAGCUCAUGCAUAGCAUUUGGAGAUGCUAGAAGAUCCAUUUCUGCUGAAAUGCAGUCUUGUUGAUUAUCAUGACUGUGUUAGGAAUGUCUCCAAGAAAUCCUGUAUGUGUGAUGAGAACUUUUGGGCAUUUCAUGAGACAUGAGCCCUUGGCUCUGCUCCUUGUGUGUUUUUCCAAGCAGCAAGGAUAGGCCUUUUCUACACCAUGUGAAUUCUGUUUCCCAUGGAGCUGGAGCCCACAACUCAUAGAGGGAGGGAGCAUUGUUCCCUAGCAACCAUCUCUACUCUGCAGCCUUCAUCCCACCUUCAUACUGGGACUUCAGCAGGACCUGCGUGCUUGUACAAACCACCAGUCACCACACCAGGGAUCAUGGACCAGAAGGAUCAAGCUCAGGACAAUGCUGCAUUAGGAACAGGACGGAAAGGACCCAACGACUGUACUGAAAUGACAAAAAGCUCCUUGGCCUGGGCAUCUCUUUCAGAUUACCAACAGCUGGGUUACAACUUGACAAUAAAUCUCUUCCAAGGUGGCCCACUGAGGAGCCAAAGCUUGAUGAGAGAUUCCUACACCCCUGAAGUAUUUCAGAGGGCAACCAUAGAUCCCAGACAUUGGCAUGGGAGGACAAUUAAUGAGCUAGGACUCUGCCUUCCAGCUUCAAAGAGUAGCCAUUUGGUGCAGCAAUCACAAAGUACAUUUCUGGGAAGAUGUUCUUCGCUGUCUGGUCCUAAGCUCUCACUAUUUUAGAAGAUUGAUGCUUUUCUCAAUAAUAUGAACUGUUUUGGGACAGAAUUAGGAUUGUUACUUCACCAUUGGCUGGUGAUUAAAUAACAGUAUGCUAACUUUGUUAAAGCAGUGAUGGAGGCUAAAAUUUAACUAAUAUGAUAAUCAAGUGAUAAUCAUUUUCCACCACCAAUAAUUAACCAGAUAUUUCCAGGCAGAUGUCCAAGUCUUUCAAAUUAAGGAUACCAGCCAAAUUGCAGCUUGUAGAAACCUCCCUGUGGGUUUGCUUUGUAUAUCAGUACUGAGUGACUGCUGCCUGAGCACACACCACUCUCCCCUCCCUGAACAGCACAGCUCUGUAGGAACAGCACUUCUCUGUGUUGCAUCCAACACUGAUGGCCAGUAUAACUCCAGGUACAUAAUGAACCCUGUCUUCUGAGACCACAGCAGGUCCUAAUCCAGAAUACAUGGAGCUGAACAGAAGUCUACUAAUGUUAUUUGGCAUACUGGAGGCAGGCAGUUCAGGGCACAGUCAGCUAAUAGGCAACACAUAAUGUGGGAUGAAUCCGCACCUAGAUGUACAAAUGUGUUUCUAUUAGACAUUAAAAAUGCCUAUUAGGCAUUAGAAAUGGACACUAGGGCAAGCAGGCAGACUUCAGAAUUAUGGUUCAGCUGGAAGCAAAUGCCCUUUUGCUAUUCAUGUGUGGCUCAUUAAGAGAAUAGAUCAGAAGAAAAAGAGACUGAAAGGUCCUGUUGGUGCACCAUUUGGCACAAAAUGGGGUGUUUGCCUCUUGCAGUGAAAUGAAGUCACUGUAUACACCUUUUACAAAUGAAAACAUUUUAUAAGCACUUAAAUAGUAUAAAAUACUUGGUGUUGUAUAAUGCACUCAAAUGGGUGACAGCUGUUUGAUGACAAAUGAACAUACCCAUGUCAAUCCCCCUUCAUCUUCUUUGCUUUGCCAAAUGGUACAGCUCAGCCAGGAACAAACACUUUCAGACAGGUGACACAUGAAAGCUGCAGAGAUAACUGAGAUUACAGCUUUCAGUGAAGCAGCACAGCCACUGGGCCAAUCAAUACCUGAAGUCUUUGAGUGCUGAACAGACUAAUUCAGCCACAACUUUGUCAGGGAGCAUUUUCCUGUGUGGCACUUUUUCUAGUAGAGUGCCUUGGAUAUCCAAACACAUAUAUGGAAAGCCAGCCUCGGAAUCUCCAGGUACCAUAUCAUAUGCAGUUAGACAAGAACAGAGCUGAAGUAAGUGCCCAUGCUCACUGCAGCUGAAAUCUCUCUUCUGUCCAUUCUUUGCCUCUCAACAGUUCAUUCCUUCUUGCUUGUUUUGUGUUGGUGUUGGCACUUCCCUGCCCACACUCUGAACUGAGUCAAACUGAUAAACCAGCAGAAAAUCAAUACAGAAGGAAAAACAAAACAAAACAAAAGUUAACAGGUUAGCCAAUUAAAAUUUCUGAACAAAGGACCUUGUCGCAGACAAGGCAAUGAGUGAUGGGAUAUGCAGAUAUUGGGAAAGAGAAACAGAAGAGUGGAGGUGGAAAUAGCCUUUCACUGCCUUUUUAAUGUAGCAAGAAAUUAGUUUGCCUCCUCUGUAUUGUCUCAUAGAACGUAGUGCUUUUCAACACAGGUAGCCCGUAUUAAAGUGAUUUUACAGGGUCUGAUCAUUGGGUGGCAGCUCUGAGCCAGUGUUUUUAUUUGACAAGUCAGAAAUUGGAAACUGUGUGUUCUCUGGUUUAGCUAAACCAUUCACUGAAAUUGCUAUUUAAGAACUGUUUAUAUCACCUCUAAACAUUCAGCGCACUUGAAAUGUAAUCAGACUACAAGGAUUUGAAGUAGAAGAAACCAGUUUCACCCCAGCUUCUGCAGCACUCUCCUCACGAAUUUUUCUAGCAGUAAUGGCUACUUCCUAGUUCAGGUUUAUGCAUCACUGCAACUGAAGCACAGGUCAUUUUGCAGGAUAUCACUUUUAAUAAAUAUUUCCUA